AUUACCCAUUCGGCUGUGUUCUUAGCAUUGUAGAAUCUUAUAUUCCCACACCUGAACAAUCCAUCGGUAGGUUCAACAGUUUCAAAUUAUGGUCAUCUUUGCUUAUUCUGACACGUAUUUUGGGUUCCACUGAUUGACUUCAAUUGCUCCUCCUUUGUUUUUUUCUGCUUGGGGGCUGUAUUGCUUUCAUGGUUGUAGCCAGUGCAUAAGACAGAGUGCCGACGAAUGCUCCAAAGCAAUUUCAAGGCUUUUUCUGGACGUAUUAUGACUCCUUAUCAUUUCAAGUGACGAGAUUAGGCGUUUGACUGUACUUUGCAAUGACAAAGUCGUCAGCUUGAUAUUGUUUUAGGGACAUGGCCUCCUGAUUUUUAUUGUUCCCGGCCAAAAACGGUUGUAGUCGUCAUCUAACUGUCUGAAUAAUUGUUCAUGUUUCUCCAGUUUUUGCCUUUGAUCGAUGGAUCUCGAACUAUAUCAAGCUGUGAUCCAGGGAAAUGACAAGUUUCUCGAGGAUCUCAGCAACGCGGGCUCGUGUGAUGUGUUGCAGGUUACCUCUGGUCACAAGAACACUAUCCUCCACGUUGCAGCAAAGUGUGGAGGGAUACAGACAGCAGAGAAGAUCAUUGGUUUAUUCCCAGGCCUUCUUCACCAGACGAAUUCCAAAGGUGACUCACCCUUACAUGUUGCAGCGAGGUUAGGCCGCCUUGAAAUGAUUCAGCUGCUAGUGAACUGUGCUAAACUUGUGGAAAUUGAAGUGGGGAAGGAGCUGCUACGAAUGGUGAAUGUGGACAAGGACACGGCUCUCCAUGUAGCUGUGCGAAAUGGGCACUUUGAGGUUGUGAGUUUGUUGAUUAGUGAAGACCCCGAGUUGGCUUUAGUGCUGAAUGCUGCUGGAGAGUCUUCUCUUUUUCUGGCUGUGGAUCGCAAGUUCUACGCAAUUGCUCAGCAUAUUCUUGAAACUGUUCCUUCAUGUUGCUAUGGAGGAAGGGAUGACAUGAAUGUUCUACAUGCAGCUAUUAUAAGAGCCGAUCGGAGGUUUCUGCUCAUGGAUGCACUGGCCAACAUCAUGACUUUCUGUUCUGUAGCUUUAAUCAUGUUCAUUAACCUACUCCUUCCCUCCGCUUUCAAACUUAGUUACUUCAAUUUUAGACGAUCUUGCAGCUUCGCUUACAUUGGCGCAGAUUUCUUGCAAGAGGUGCUCAAAAGAAAUCCUUCCCUCGCCAGCGAAGCAGAUAAACGAGGAUGGAUCCCACUUCAUUAUGCUGCCUAUUCGGGCAAUGCUGAAGUCGUUCAACUCUUACUUCAAACAGACGCCUCACUUGCUUACGUGAAGGACAAGCAAGGGAUGUCCGCUCUUCAUCUCUCAGCUCAAGCAGGCCACUUGGAAGUCGCACAGAGGCUCACUGCAUUAUGUCCCGACACCUCCGAGUUGCUGGACAAUCGACGUCGAACUGCCCUACACGUGGCCGCGGAAAGUGGGAGAAAAAACGUGGUCAAGUUCUUCUUGAAGGAGCAGGGUUUCUUUGAUCUCAUGAAUGAACAGGAUGAAGCUGGAAACACACCUCUGCACAUCGCAGCAGCUCAACAACAUGCCGAAGUUCACUUGCUUCUGGCCAGCGACCCUAGAGUGGACAAAGGAGCAGUGAACAGAGCCGGACUGACCGCCUCCGACAUGUCUCCCCUGCCGCCGGCUAGCAUUGCAGAAUCCGAAGAAAGCAUCAAACACAAUGAUGGUGGGCCGCCUUGGGGUUCGAGGUUAAGGGGAAGUGUCAACCUCGUCGUGGCAACAGCGAUUGCAGCCGUAACGUUUGCAGCAAUCUUCACCAUCAUGAUGAUGGGAGGCACGAGAAUGCUGAGAAGGAAGCCGGGUUUCCAACUGUACGUGAUGGCCAACUCCCUGGCGUUUGGCUUGUCGACUGCGUCGAUGUUUGUCUACUUUGUGGGGUUGUUGGGAGCUGGACGGAGGAGGGAUCGCGCCGCCGCGGCAGUGAAGUUGACGAACUACGCGGAGUUGUUCGGCGAAUGGUCGGUUUACGGGAUGGUGGUGGCGUUUGCGGCAGGGACGGCGGUGGUGUGUGGUGGUGAAGAGCUGGUGGUGUUCGCCGUUGCUUCCGUUGCAACAGGGUGUUGUUGUUUCCUUUUGGGGCCAUUGGUUUAUGGUUUAACCACUCGGGGUGGUUUGUGGUCGACUUAGAAAGUAGAACUAGAAGAAGGGUUUGGUCAGGAUCGUUGGUUCGGAUUCAUAUGGUGUGCUGUAAAUUACGCUGUAAAUUAUGCAUUUGACCUUGGUUUAUGAAUGAUGUAUUUUGGUGUACAUGCAUUACUGGACCAUAAUGUAUAUGUUUAGAAAAAAAUGAAUGGCUUGUAUUUUCUAAACAAUAUAUUCUUAUUUAAAACAAAUCCUUUUUAUGUGUAGAUUUUUGUAAUACACCAUUUUUAGGAUUCAAGGUCCAAAACGAUCCUCUCUUUCUCCGAACCACUUCUAGAAACGUAAGUUUCAAGCAUUCAGAUGUCAUGUACCAACUUGCAAAAUGUAAGAGUUUAUUUUACCUUAAGAAAUUUAUGAAGAUUAG